GAAAGCCGGGAGGGCGAGCGAGAGAGCGAGCAGGCAGCAGGCAGCAGGCAGCAGGCAGCAGGCGGGCGGGCGGACGGCACGGAGGGAGGGAGCGAGCGAGCGAGCAGUGAGUGAGCCAGCGAGGGCGGCCGCGUCCCUAGAACAGCCGAGAUUCUUCCCGUCCCUCUGACCCCCUCCCCGGAGCCCACAGCGCCUCCGGUCUCCAGUGGAGCGGACACGGCCCGGCCCGGCCAUGGCCUCGUUGCUGAAGGUGGAUCAGGAAGUGAAGCUCAAGGUUGAUUCUUUCAGGGAGCGGAUCACAAGUGAGGCAGAAGACUUGGUGGCAAAUUUUUUCCCAAAGAAGUUGUUAGAACUUGAUAGUUUUUUGAAGGAACCAAUCCUAAACAUCCAUGACCUAACUCAGAUCCACUCAGACAUGAAUCUCCCAGUCCCUGACCCCAUUCUUCUCACCAAUAGCCACGAUGGACUGGACGGUCCCACUUACAAGAAGCGAAGGUUGGAUGAGUGUGAAGAGGCCUUCCAAGGAACCAAGGUGUUCGUGAUGCCCAAUGGGAUGCUAAAAAGCAACCAGCAGCUAGUGGACAUUAUUGAGAAAGUGAAACCUGAGAUCCGGCUGCUGAUUGAGAAAUGCAAUACGAAAAGGCAAGGGUCCUCAUAUGUAUAUAUUGGUCCUCUCACCCUUCAGGUCAAAAUGUGGGUACAGCUCCUGAUUCCCAGGAUAGAAGAUGGGAACAACUUCGGGGUCUCCAUUCAGGAGGAGACAGUUGCAGAACUAAGAACUGUUGAGAGUGAAGCUGCAUCUUAUCUGGACCAGAUUUCUAGAUAUUAUAUUACAAGAGCCAAAUUGGUUUCUAAAAUAGCUAAAUAUCCCCAUGUGGAGGACUAUCGCCGCACCGUGACAGAGAUUGAUGAGAAAGAAUAUAUCAGCCUUCGGCUCAUUAUAUCAGAGCUAAGGAAUCAAUAUGUCACUCUACAUGACAUGAUCCUGAAAAAUAUCGAGAAGAUCAAACGGCCCCGGAGCAGCAAUGCAGAGACACUGUACUGAGGCCAGGGCCGGGGCCAGGGCCAGGGGACUCUGUGAGUCUGGCUCAAGACCGACAUUGCCUUGGUUUGUUACAUGACUAUCGUGAUGGGGAAACUGGCUGGAAAUAGUAAUCACACCUCUCUCUGUUUUUAGUUAGAGUCUAAUGAAACUCUCAUGUAGUUCUGUGA